AUGGCUUUGAAUGUGCACAACAAGCUCGUAUUUAUUGACGGUACGAUUCCUAAACUGCCUGAGACUCAUCGUGAUGCUGGAUCUUGGUCAAGAUGCAGUGAUAUGAGUUUGUUGUUUAUGUUCACUGCUGAAUCGAUCUGGAAGAAUUUGCUAGCUCGUUUCAAGCAAGAUGAUGCUCCUAGAGUGUAUGAGAUUGAGCAACGCCUAGGUAGUAUCCAACAAGGAUCGAUGGAUGAAACAACAUACUACACUGAGUUGAUUACGCUAUGUAAGGAGUACAAGAACUAUGUGGAGAUCCCAGUCUUCACUUGUGGUAAAUUCGAGUGUAAUGCUGCUCAAUCUUGGGAGUCUCUGCAGAAACGUAGUCUAGUUACAAAGUUCCUAAUGGGACUCAAUGAGUCUUUUGAGUCCAGCCGGCGACAGAUCUUGAUGCUGAAACCUCUCCCGAAUAUUGAAGAUGUGUUUAAUCUCAUUACUCAAGAUGAGAGAUAG